AUGGGCAGUCCGGAACGAGAACUGUGUCCACCCCCAUCUGAGGAAGAUGAACUGACUCUACCUCGGGCCAGUAUAAAUAAAAUGAUCAAAGAAUUGGUACCAUCAGUACGAGUAGCCUUUGAAUCUAGGGAAUUAAUUCUGAAUUGUUGUACCGAGUUCAUUCAUCUUAUAAGUUCGGAAGCUAAUGAUGUAUGUAAUCAGAGUAAUAAGAAGACAAUAAAUGCGGAACAUGUUCUUACUGCCUUAGAUAAAUUAGGUUUCAGCGAUUACACUGUAGAAGCGGAAGCUGUAUUAAGAGACUGUAAAGCUGUUGCUGCAAAACGAAGAAGACAAAGUACAAGACUUGAAAAUCUUGGCAUACCAGAAGAAGAAUUAUUAAGACAGCAGCAGGAACUAUUUGCCAAGGCCCGAGAAGAACAAGCUAAGCAAGAGCAGCAACAAUGGCUUCUGCUACAACAACAAGGCUUAAUUGGUCCUGAGGGAGGUCCACAAUCAUAUGUGCCACCAUUGAUACCUAACCAAGAUGAGGAAGAUGAUGACUAUUCUUAG